AUGCCGGCCAUAUUGGACCUCCUUGGGCGGGAUCCAAUCACGUACGAAUCGGCAUGCAAGUCAGAAUCCAACAUCAUCAACAAACUGGGUUACGUCUCCGCAGCCAAACAUCUAUUUGCCGACCUCUGGAUGCAACGGCGGUCAAUCGCGGCCCUGACGAAACAUCACCUCGGGCUUGGUCCAGAGGACAGCUGUACCGUUCUCUACUUCCCUGAGUGGAUGCGAGGCAGCUUCAAUGCCUGCAUCCCCGUGGAAAUAAAGUCUGGUGGCGUGACUCGGAAGCUCGUCUUUCGUUGCCCUAUGCCACAUAAGCUUGCUGAAUCAAGAUAUGCCGGCACCGUCAAUGAGAAACUCCACUGCGAGGUCGCGACACGGCCACCAUUAUACGCAUUCCAGUCAUCGCCCAUUAUACAUCCGCAUCGCACAGACUAUUCGCCGUUAUAUCCACAGAGUCCUCCGAUGGCCUAUGCUCUCCAACUAUACCCAUCAUGA